GCCUGGAGUGGAUGAGUCUCUCCAUGAGAGAUCCGGUCAUUCCUGGGACAAGCAUGGCCUACCAUCCGUUCCUACCUCACCGGGCGCCGGACUUCGCCAUGAGCGCGGUGCUGGGUCACCAGCCGCCCUUCUUCCCCGCGCUCACGCUGCCUCCCAAUGGCGCCGCCGCCGCCGCCGCGCUCUCGCUGCCCGGCGCCCUGGCCAAGCCCAUUAUGGAUCAGUUGGUGGGGGCGGCCGAGACUGGCCUCCCCUUCUCGUCCCUGGGGCCGCAGGCACACCUCAGGCCUCUGAAGAGCAUGGAGCCCGAGGAAGAGGUGGAGGACGACCCCAAGGUGCAUCUGGAGGCCAAAGAACUUUGGGAUCAGUUCCACAAGCGGGGUACAGAGAUGGUCAUCACCAAGUCGGGAAGGCGAAUGUUUCCUCCAUUUAAAGUGCGGUGCUCAGGCCUGGAUAAAAAGGCCAAAUAUAUUUUGUUAAUGGAUAUCAUAGCUGCUGACGACUGUCGAUAUAAAUUCCAUAAUUCUCGGUGGAUGGUGGCCGGUAAGGCUGACCCAGAGAUGCCAAAACGAAUGUACAUUCACCCGGACAGCCCCGCUACCGGGGAACAAUGGAUGUCUAAAGUGGUCACCUUCCAUAAGCUGAAACUCACCAACAACAUUUCCGACAAACACGGAUUUACCAUCUUGAACUCCAUGCAUAAGUACCAACCCCGCUUUCACAUUGUCCGAGCCAAUGACAUUUUGAAGCUGCCUUAUAGUACAUUUCGGACUUACUUGUUCCCAGAAACCGAAUUCAUCGCUGUAACUGCUUACCAGAAUGAUAAGAUAACCCAGUUAAAAAUAGACAACAACCCUUUCGCAAAAGGUUUUCGGGACACUGGAAAUGGCAGGAGAGAGAAAAGGAAACAGCUCACCCUGCAAUCCAUGCGGGUGUUUGAUGAGAGACAGAAAAAGGAUACAGGGACCUCAGACGAGUCUUCUAGCGAGCAGGCCGCCUUCAGUUGCUUUGCUCAGGCCUCCUCCCCGGCUGUUUCCACUGUGGGGACCUCAAACCUCAAAGAUCUGUGUGCCAGCGAGGCCGAGAGCGACGCGGAGGCCGACAGCAAGGAGGACCCGGGUCCCGAGGCCUGCGACUCGGCGCGCAUCUCCACCACCACGGCCGAGGAGCCCGGCGGCCGGGACAAGGGCAGCCCCGCGCCCAGGGCGCCGCCGCUGCCGCAGGCCGCCACGGCGCACCUGGCCCAGGGGCCCCUGCCCGGCCUCGGCUUCGCCCCGGGCCUGGCCGGCCAGCAGUUCUUCAACGGGCACCCCCUCUUCCUGCACCCCGGCCAGUUCGCCAUGGGGAGCGCCUUCUCCAGCAUGGCGGCGGCGGGCAUGGGGCCCCUGCUGGCCACCGUGUCCGGGGCGUCCACCGGGGUGUCCGGGCUGGAUUCCACCGCCAUGGCCUCGGCCGCCGCCGCCCAGGGACUGUCGGGAGCGUCGGCCGCCACCCUGCCCUUCCACCUGCAGCAGCACGUCUUGGCCUCGCAGGGUCUGGCCAUGUCGCCUUUCGGAAGCCUCUUCCCCUACCCUUACACCUACAUGGCUGCGGCCGCAGCAGCCUCCUCGGCUGCUGCCUCCAGCUCCGUCCACCGCCACCCGUUCCUCAACCUGAACACCAUGCGCCCGCGUCUACGCUACAGCCCCUACUCCAUCCCCGUGCCCGUCCCGGACAGCGGCAGCCUGCUGACCACCGCGCUGCCCUCCAUGGUGCCCGCCGCGGCCACAGGACCCCUGGAUGCCAAAGCCACCGCGCUGGCCACCAGCCCGGCCUCGGUGGCCGUGGACUCCGGCUCUGAACUGAACAGCCGCUCCUCCACGCUCUCCUCCAGCUCGGUGGCCUUGUCACCCAAACUCUGCUCCGAGAAGGAGGCGGCCACCAGCGAACUACAGAGUAUCCAGCGGUUGGUGAGCGGCUUAGAGGCUAAGCCGGACCGGUCCCGCAGUGCAUCCCCUUAACCUCUUCCCGCCACCCCCCACCCCAGGAAAGUCUCUUCAUUCCAGUUCUGGUCAAGUCUUCAGUGCACUUUGUUGGAUGUAAAAAUAACAGCACCCCCCCUCUGGGGGGAGCAGCCUGGCCUGGCCUGUCUGGGGGUGACCCUUUCCUUUGCAGUGGUAUCUGAGAAGCCUGGACUCCCGUGGAGAGGUUGUACCCAGAAACCAGUCACCUUGACAUGGUUUUAUCUAUCUGGGAUUCGGAGAUGGCUGUUGUUUGGAGCUGAUUGGGGCUGGAGGUAAAGGAACUCCCGCAGAGGCUGGUCAGCAAGCUGAGGUUAAGAAGAACCAAGGUAGCAGGGCCCACCGGGAGAGAGAGGGCUUGAAAGGCAUGUAUAUAUCUCUCUCUGUGUGGGUUUCUAUAAAUAUAUAUAUUUUUUCCCUUCGCAGUGUCAAGUGGAAACGAAUAAAAAAUAUGUGUUUUUAAAAACAGGAGAGAGAAGGGAGGGGGACAAAUGAAUUAACACGCUUCUGUGUGUGGAGAUUGGAAAACUUUUACAGUGACUUGUAUGUCGGAUCUCAAUAAAUUCCCCCGGCAGCCAUUGCUUGGGAAGGCAAAUCCUCGUGAUUCUUGUUUAGCCGAUAUUAAGGAAAUCUGUGUCAUUUUAAAUACGAUUCUUGUGAUGUUUUAAGAGCUGAUAUUAGGUCUCCUUGCAUGUUUCACCGUCAUAUAUAUUCGUGGUUUUCAUUUUGGACGCCUGCUUUUAGACAAAGCAAAUCACCCCCCUCCACCCCCCCUCCACCCUCCCACUCCCUGACUUCCUCCAGCCCUUAACUCACAGCUGGAUUUUAACCCAGGGAAGAGGGGGGGGGGCUGGAAAGGGGGGGGAGAAAGCUGAAUUUAUUUUAGCUAAGCUCUGUGGCAGUUCAUUCGCUCUCCUUCCCAUAUAUGCAAUAACAAGGUUUUAAGAAAUAAUAAAUAAAAAAAGAAGCGAGACUAUUAGACAAAGUAUUUAUGUAAUUAUUUGAUAACUUGUAAAUAGGUAGACUAUGAAUGCUCGGGAAGAAAAAUUAAAACUUUUAAUUUAUUGACAUUGUACAUAGUUUCUGUGUAAAUAGAUCGCAACUGUCCUGUGUUUAUCCUUCUCUUUUAGUUGGUUUUAUUUCUAGGUCACCCAGAGUGCAGUUUCACAGUAGAAAACAUUUUCCCCAAGUGCUGUCUACAGAAUUCUGUUUUCCCUUGUUGGUUUUCUUUUUUUUUCCUCCCUGGUAUUCGAGAGUUGGGAGAGGAGGGGAGAACCAGUACCUCUUUUAUUUAGCCAACAGGAGUUGCCGGAUUUCGUUUUCAAUUUCUUAAAACCCGAAAUCCCCAGUGUGUCUGGGGGAUUGCUGAGGGGUGUGGGUAGGGAGUCGUGCAGGGGCUGCGGCUUGACUUAUUAAUUUUGCUUUCAUAUUUGUGUUUGCUAGUCUCUGACUUCCUUCAAAGUGGAAUUUACUACUGUGGCUAAUCUUGAUGGCAUUUUGAGUUUUGGUACCUAGCCGAGAGGAGAGAGAGAGAGAGAAAGGAGAUUUCACAACUCCAGAAGUCAGGUGCUGAACGUUAAAAAAGGAAAAACAAAUCCAUGAAGGUGUAUUUUGUGUUAUAGAGUUCUUUGGUUUUCUGUAUCCCUCCCCCUCUCCCCGUCUUU